AUGAGGAAGAGAAAAAUAAAGGAGAAAUACAUACGGGCCUUGUUCACCGCAGUGGAGGAGGAAGAAGCACAACAGCUUCGCCAAAACGGUCAUUACCAUUUCAACUCAUUUUCCACGCACGAUGUGUACCUCUUAAAUGGGAAGUAUUACCGAGUGAAGAGCGAAGAUGGCGCUGGCAUGCGGAAGACGUUACUGCGGUGUUUGUAUAAACACAACUUUUAUGUGCCCAAGAAGAUAAGAAGAAUCAUCUUCAAAAAAUUCCUGCUUCAAAAUGAAGCCACAGAUGUCCACAACUUCAACUACGACGUGUAUCUGUUACUGUCUUAUUUGAAGAACCCCAACGUGAACGAGGCGACGCAGAAAAUUAUCGACUUGGACGUAUUCCGGACACGCAUAAAUAAAGAAAACGAAAAGACCAUUUACUUCUUUAACCUUUUUUUAAAUUACGCCUGCAACCAUUUUCAAUUCAAGUACAAACAGGGGCUAAACGAGGUUUUAGCCCUUUUCUUUUACCUGAAGGGGAAAUACUUCAACCUGGUUGAUGUCUACUUCUGCUUCCAGAGCUUUGUCAAUCGGUUCUUGAAGGAGUUUUACUAUGACGACGAGUUUUUCUUUUUGCAAAUAUCCUUUUACUUGUUUAAAAUUUUGAUUAAGUACCACGACCCCGUGUUGUCCGAGGUGCUCGAGACGAACAAGAUGUCCCCCGAGAUUUACGCCGCCUCUUGGUUCUUAACCCUCUUCGCGUCCAAAAGCAACUUGGAAAUUUCCAACGCCAUUUAUUUGAUCUUUGUGCUCGAGCGCAAUCCGUUUUUUUAUUUCUUCUUUUCCCUGGCGCUGUUGAUUUUGCACAGAAACAUAUUUUUAUGCGUCGAUAGUUCCAAUUUACCCGAGUUGUUAAGCAAAAUAAACAUUUUCAACAAAAAGUUCUUGAAGAAGGUGUGGUCGUUAGGGAAGUUCCUGGAAGCCAACACGCCCGUAUCCUUUGUGCACAAAUUAUUUUUCAUCAAAAAUGUGCUCAUGUAUUUGACAAGCGAAAACUCCGCCAACAGUCAUCAGAAAAAGGACAUCCUCCUGGAUUUUUUCAACUCCAUCGACUACAUGUCUGUGAAUGCCUACGAAAUAAUAAAAAACAUAUCUCUAGGGAAGCACAAGUACAUCUUUUUGGACAUCCGGUCGAGGAGGCACUUCCGAACGUUUCACCUGAAAAACUCGAUCAACGUGGAGUUGGUCGAAGGGUACGCGGAUAUCUUACGGGGAAAAAUCGACUCGCAGGACAGACGAAAGAAACAGAAGAAGGAACGGAAGAAGGAGCGCGAAAAAGUAUCCCAACCGAUUUUUCACAUUUUAAAAAGGUUUGGAAGUAGAGAGGUCGCCCGAAAUGCCGGACUCCUCUUUUCGCAUCUGCUGAGGGAGAAAUACAACCGAAGAAGUGGAUUAAGUUAUGACGACAAUGUUUUGUUAACGAGGGUGGCCUCCACGCCUGUGCAGAGGGGAAGCCAGCUAGAUUUCUCCGUGUUAGGAAGAGGCACAAAGGGAAGGAAGAGGACAAGGUGGACGAGAACGGCGAAACGUAGAGAGGAGGAAGUAUUUACCAACUUGCACCUCCUCAGAGGGGACAGAAACGCCGAAGUCGAUUUGGACGCCUUCACUUGUAACAUCUACGCGAGGAAGAGACCCCCCAAUGGCGCAUCAAAAAGUGGGAAAAUUAAAUCCAAAACGUAUGAACAUGUUCAUAUGAAAUAUGUAGAGGAAAGGAAAGUGAAAAAUCAAAACAGGUACCACUCGGACGACGACGUGAUGUUCAGACCAUUCAGCUUGGCGUGCCACCACAUGAAGAGGGCUUUCCUUGCCAAGGUGGAGAGAGAGCUCCAGAAGAGGGGUAGCCAAGUUAGCGAUCAGGGUAAAUCGAAGUGCGUUCCUAGUGACCCCCCCGAGGGAAGGACAGAACCCACGUGUGUCACCCCCCAACUGCAGAACCUAAACACGAGCUCCUUCAACUUGUACAUGUUAAUAAAGGAGAAGGUUCUCUGCAAUGAGGACUGCCUUCGCUUUCGCUUCGAGGAUGUGUUAACUCCAGAAAAGCACGUGGUUAUCCUCUACGAUGACAAUAUAGAUAACGCCAAAUACGUGCGUGGGUUCUACUACCAGUUGUUAUUUAAUACAAAGUUGAGGCAGUCUACUCAUGGGGGGGAAGCGUCCCACUUGUACACACAACAAUGUCUUCUCGGCCGGAACAAAAAAACGAUGAAGAAUUUUUUUCAUCCCAAUCGGAGCUGCUAUCUGUGUGAUUAUAGGCAUUUUCGAAAAACGAAAAAAAAAAUUUUAGAUGAUUGCUUUUUUGAGAGUUACAGUAACUUUGCCAUUUUUGAAAAGAUUUUUUUCUUCCUAAACGAUGAACAGGACGAUGUUUCUUUUUCUUCCUUCUACGACUACAUCAUUUGGAUGAAGAGCAGAGGUGAUCAUGGUGGUGCCAAUUAUGGCUACCCUGGGGGGGGACAUAACAGGAAGAAGGACAACGCAGAAGGAUCCUCAUUUACGUUUUCUGGGUUAUUAAAUUAUAUUAAGAGGAAGAAGGGUAGUGCUAACGAUACUAGUCUCUUUGGCAGUGGUCGGAGCUUCUCUCCCCAUGGUGGAGGGGGAGACACUUUCCCACGUGAUGUUCAGAAAGAGGCCCACGUUAGUUCCUUCGUGGCAGAGAAAAAGAUCAGUGAGUCUACCAAUGGAGAUCUACACAUAUGCAAUAACGCCACGGUGAAGAAACAUUACUUCAGUUUAAGUCACUACGUCGACUAUUGUAAUAGGAAGAAGAGCGACCUGUUGAAUGCCGUGUCGUCUGUGCAACCUCAGGGGGGUGAAGCGGCGGCAUGGGGUCCUCCACGUGGUAGUGAGGCACUCGAUGAGCAGGUUAACGGUGAACAGGUAAUGGGUGUAGAUGAAAUGUGUACCGCUUCACUAGAGAAUGAUCACACAGAUGCCAAGUUAAACGCAUGCACGUAUGCCCAGUGGAGGAGUGACGACGCAGAAGAGGAACACACGGGUAUGGAAGCUGCGUCGGCCACUGGCGGGGUAGACUCCUUCGCGGACUUCGCAUCAGAACCCAUGCACGACCCACCCAAUAGGGGGUACUCAAUCGGUAGCGACAACGUGCCCGAGGGAAUUAGAAGGAGUUGUUCUUCCAGUUCGGAUGUCUACAAUUUAUACUCCUACAUUGAUAUUGUGUGUUACCGUAGUUUGCUGCUGAAGGGGGGUUCGACAAAAGGGGGCCCUUCCCCCAAGCGCAAACUGUAUAGCUGCUUCAUUACGUAUAUAUACCAGCCCCUCAUUCCGCACAACGUUAGAUCGAACAAUAUAAUUAGCAACUUAGUGCACUACGUAAAAUAUUUCAAGUGCAUUAAACGGGGUAGCACCGCCAUUAACGACCCGAACCUCUACCUGCAGUGUAACAAAUUGGACUCCAACUUAUCCUUUAGGGUGGAUUCCAGCCUACCCUUCAGGAUGACCUACUUUCCCUUUAGGAAUAUGCAUCUUCUGCCUAGUGGCCGUGCGAAGGAGUUUCCCGGUGGGGGCGUCACAGACAACACGACCACUACUGCGAACACCUCAGACAAACAGUACGCGACGCAGUACGAGAAACAGUGCGACGAUCGGGUGAACGACUUCAUCUUGAGCAACACGUGUCUAAAGAACAAGCCCGAGCUGGGCCUCUGCAAGCUCAUGAUUUACGACCACCUGCUUAUACUCUACGGCAUGCCCUACCUGUAUGAGGUGAGUCUUCCAGGGGGGCGCAAGAAAGGAGUAACUGAAACGCAUAACAAACCGAGCGUCGUGGAGCAGAUCGGGGAAGACCCCCACCUGGGAGACAUCGGCACGAAAAACUUCCUAAAGGAAAAGGAGGAAUACUCGACGGAGGGCAGGGACCAUGAGGAGUGGUAUCUGUCAUCCGAACCGGGAGAGGAACUGCAGAAGGUGCUCAUCCACAAGCACAAGGAUUUAAAGAAAAAGGACGUCCUGUUUAACAUGGAUUCUUACAAAAUAAGUGGAAUCGACAUAAACUGGGCCAAGGUAUCUCCCCACGUGCUUCGUAGCAUCACCAGGGAACACAUCACAGACACAUACAACUACUACAAGUCCUAUUUUAGUGUGUCUAGUAGUAACUUAUCUGCGUCGACGGAGCAGGGUUGUCCUUCUGUUAGUAGCUCCCUGUCAAGUGAUAGCUCAUCCUACUCGUCGUGCGUUUCCGAUGAGCCCAACUUUUCCUUUUCCGACUACCAUAGUUUGUAUACCAAGAAUGCUAAAAUGGUGAAGAAGAACGAUGGGAAGAGGAGCACUCCCAAAGGUGGGGAAGGCUCUCCUGGAUGUUGUCACAGGAAGGUCAAAAUAGACGUCGUUAACGUCUAUGCCGUGUUUGAUAUUCACACGCUGUGCAAGAUAACCACCAAGCGUGGUUCCGGCAGGACGCUCUACUUUUACUUUGCCACCAACAGGAGCACCCCACUUAUGGUCCUGAACUUCGACAGCGAUAUGGAGGUGCAGUCGUGUGUGCGCUCCAUCCGGGAGAUCUACUCGCGUUACGCCAACGGGGAAGCAGCGGGGGGGAAGUGA